UGCCAUUUGGUUAGACUAUAUAUUGAGAAUUAUUGCUGACUGAAUGUUCUCUUUUUGGACAGGAAAGUAAAAGGUCCGGCUAGAUUUCUAUAUCUCAAAGGUUUUAUGGUAGCGUGGAUAAAAAAAAAACUGCACUAACAGCAUCAUGCUGUUACCGUGUGCCUUGGUUCUCUUGGGAAAUCACUGUGUGGCUCACACUGCUGUGUCAUUACUUUGAGCUUUCUUCCUCAAGUUUAGAUUCAAGGACACAAAGGUCAGAACUGCAAGCAGAGUUCUCCUGUCUCUGCCUUUGUGAGCAAGAGGCUGUAGCUCCUGUUCCACAGAUGCUCAAUGGUCCUCAUGAAGGAAAAAGAUUAUUUCCUUAAUGCUUCACCUACCUACAGUGUUUAUACCAUGUCGAGGUGUGGCCUGUUCCUCACCGUUAUCCCGAGCUCCAGACCCAAGACGCGCAAACCAUUGCCAGACUAAACACGGAGCUUAUGUGGGAGUCACCCAGGGGCAACCUAAGAAGAAUGCCAGGUCAUAGGGUGUGUCGAGGAGCGAUGGGGUGCCAGUGGUCCCUUGGCCCCUGAGCAGAUGGUCUGUAGGAAACUUAUUGACUAGAACAGAAGACUGAAGGGGAAGAGGGAGGGAGAGUUCAGACUUGGGCGUCAGUGGUUUGCAGCAAAAAGGAAGACUUGUCUUGUUGUUCUCCCAAAAACAGCCUCACAAUACUCCGGUUCAGCUCACAGCAGAAGGCAAACGUGUGUGUCUCUGGGUUUGUGUGUUGGCACGCCUUGAAGCCUUUUCAAUGUCGGAGCACUGCUCUGCGUGAAUAAACUGUGCAAAGAAAAGCAUCAGUAGUAGUGUUAAAAGAAAGCAGUCACUGUGACAAGUUCGACAAUCAGCUUUAUGCUGACUCCUGGUGUUGUCAGCAGCUGCUUUCUCUGUCUUAUACUCCAAGAAGGAACAUUGUUGAAGUCUCUCUCCAUUCAUGUGGAGGCACUUCUCGAAUCAUUUUACCUCCACUUUGCUCUGCUUUCUGGAUUCAUUGACAGAUGCUGAUAGAAGUCGAGGGUCUGGCGGUGUGUGCGUGCUGAGGGUUUUAAGCAGUGUAAACCAGAAAAGUGAAAUUUUUUCCACAUUCGGACCUAAAUGCCCAGAAUUGGACCAACCAGUAGUUAAUCACGCCUCCAUUAGUGCUACUGACUCGGCUUUGCCCAAGGUCCUUGUGAAUCAUGACCCCAGCUCAACAUGCAUGGCAAAGAUGGACACUUUUUUCUGUGUUCUUGGCAAAAAGCUCAAAAGUUGGAAUAGUUGCGUUCAGGGUCAGGAUCAGUGCUGUAUUCAAUUGUAUUCAAUGUCCUAUCCCUCUGGUUCACCCUGAAACUCGUGACGAGUGAAACAAGUGUUUGGUUAAUCCUCUGAUCAGCUCAGAGUUCAAGUUCAUUGCAGGCCGUCCAAGUUUCCACUGCACUUUCAACUGCUCCUUUUUUUUCACACUUAGUCUAAACAGUUUAAAUAAUGAGAGAAUAAUUCCUUUGUGUGGCUUCUUGUCAUGUUUAAUUUUCUUUGCAACAUUAGCCUGGAUCUCUGCCCUGCCCUCGAACCCCAGGAUCCUGUGCCACAUGUGCUUUACACUCAAAUCAUUUGAGUCCCAUGGAGUUUUCUACUCAGCUUCAUCUAUUAAACAAAUGCUUUUACAGAAGUCCAUUUACUCAGUCAGCCAAACACCAUAAUCUCACCUCACAGUCAAGGUUCAUCCAAGCAGGAGCUGAUAAACUCUUAAUUCUGCAGAUCACUUAAGCCUGAAGGUUAGGGCUUUUGGCAGCGGGCUGUUUACACUGUAACCUUAUACAUGCUGUACGUGUGCUUUGAGGCUUAGUAGAGUUAGCAGUAUCUGAAAACCUUCCUGGAGUGUGAGCUAAAUGCAUGUAGGUGGGUUGUAUUACACACACACAGGAGACAGUCACACUGCCUCUCAGAUGAUGCCCGGUGCCUCAGAGAGAGUGCUCCUCGGCCGUCUCUGGUUUUGGAUCUAACCCUGGACAAAUUUGGCUGUGACAAGUAAAAAAAGAUAGGAAAAGGGGAGCAAGCAAGUUAGAAUUCCAAGGUUUAAAAAUAAACACACGGUCAAACUGUAGCCGUAUUUCAAAAACUUUCCCAACUCUGAUCAAAGACGACGUCAUUUAGUUGUGGGGAGGUGGAAAAAUGUCUGACUAAUGUUUGGUUUGGAUGCCUGAUUGAGGAGAGCUAAAUUUGGGAGGUGGAGUGACAUUUUUAAACUGGUCAUACUACAGUGCCAGGGUGGCACUGAUCUACUGUGCUGUCUUGUUCCUUGGGACUGCUUGAAACUUAAUGGCUGCAUCUUGAGAGGAAAUAUUUAUUUGGCUGUAUCAUUUUUGCAAACUUGCCAAUAAGUUGUUUUCCAGACAUGGGAAAAUCUCCGACUACAUAAAAUGAGCCAGACGACGAAGGGAUGAGUUUAUUUUAAGCAAUGAGGCGGAGAGGACCGAGCGCAGGAGCUCCAAUCUGAGACGAGACUUUCAGACAGACAGAGAUGGGAAAUUCAGAGAGCCAGUACAGCAUCCAGGGGCCAAAAGGCGCCAGCAUCGUCUUCCCUGGGAAACAGAAGCCAUAUUCACUGAAACUCCGCUCAGCCAAAGAUGACGCCCUGUCACCACAUACAUGGUGGAAAAGUGCCCCAGUGGGCUCAGGGUACAAGGCCAGGUGUGUUGGCCGUGGUUGUUUGUCCCCUCCUAAAAGCCGACAGCCAUACUCCGCUCGGCACUAUGACUAUGUUUCCAAGGGAGCGAGAAGCAGUCCGAGUGAGCAUCGCUGGCAUCGCUCGCCUGGAUGUGGCAUACGAAAGCGUCACAUGUCAGAUGAGUAUGAAGAUAAUCCGUACGGGGCUGAGCUCGGUGGGAAUACCCAGGAUAGACACAGUGAUGAACAUGAGGUUUUAGAGGAGCAGAGCAGCCCGCGGGUGGUGAUCAAGAAGGAUGGUAGUCUCAGAGUGGAGUUCACCAACACUUCAGGAAAUCCUCUCCUCCUGAACGAGGCCACUGGCCCGGUACAACUGCUCAAGUUCUCCCCCAACCUUGAGUCUGCCUCCACUCCCAGUCUGCCUGGUUCCAGUGCUAGUGGGCUUGAUGGCCCCUGCAGUGGUCCUCCGCCGGCUUCUACCUCCUCCACUGCCAGGACCAGCAAGGGAAGCUCUCUGAGCUCUGAUGGUUCAUGGUAUGACUCCCCCUGGGGGCCCAGCACAGAGUUGUGUGAGCAGGAACAAUCCUGCUCUGCAAGCAGGACUCUAGUUCACUCGCCAAUCCACCAGCUUGACUCAUUUACUGAGCCAUGCCCCCCUGUGUCUAUCACAGACCUCUACAGGGAGCCCUCAAUGGCUGCUACCUUCCCCACAGCCAGAGACCUAUCCUCCCAGUUACAGGAUCCUCCACCAGGCCAGAGGGGACACCGAGCCUCCUUCGCAUCCGUCCUCGAUGCUCCCUUAGAGGAAGAAUGCCCCGAUGUCCGGCAGUACUCAUCAUACACCCUGCCCUGUCGCAGGCCCAAAGCACACACCAUGAGUGAGGAGUUGGACCGUUACCCUGACCAGGAACAACACCAGGAGCAAGAUGUGCCAGAUUUUGGCGCCCCCAAAAAAGACUCCAUCAGAAACCGCAUCAGACGCCUCAGUGACUGGACAGGCAGCCUCAGCCGCAAGAAGAGGAAGUCUCAGGGUUCAUUCAGGAAUCAUAUCGACAUGGAAUCUCGGUGCAAGGACUUGAGUGAUGCCUUUGACAGUGGAGUCGACGGCCUGACUGCAGACACCAGCUCCCCCUCCCAGGUCUCCAGCCUCCUCUGGUUCCCAGGAACGUCCGGGGCCCAAUCUUCAGGGGCCAUCCCCCAAACAACCAGCGAUGUCCUGCGCCAGAAUAUUUAUGAGAACUUCAUGAGGGAGCUGGACAUGGGCACAGGGCAGGGUGGAGGUGGAGGAGGCGAGAGAAGAGACCCGUCCACUGGCACCGAAGAGGGGGAGAGCAGCAGCGAGUCAGCAGAGGGCUCUCUGGAGGAGCUGGACCUGCUGUUUGAGAAGGAGCAGGGGGUGGUCAGGCGGGCCGGCUGGCUCUCUUUUAAACCCCUUGUCACGCUGCACAAGGACAGGAAGCUGGAGCUGGUGACCCGCCGCAAGUGGAAGCAGUACUGGGUGACCCUGAAAGGUUGUACGUUGCUGUUCUAUGAGACCUAUGGUAAAGGUUCUCCGGAGCAGGAGCUGUCGCCUCGCUACGCUCUCUUGGCCGAGGACAGCAUCGUCCAGGCCGUUCCUGAACAUCCAAAGAGGGAGAAUGUCUUCUGCCUUAGCAACUCAUACGGAGACGUAUACCUCUUUCAGGCCAGCAACCAGACCGACCUGGAGAACUGGGUGACAGCCAUUCACUCUGCCAGCGCCUCACUGCUGGCCAAGCGUCAGGGGAAGGAGGACACUGUGCGUCUGCUGCGCAGCCAGGUCCGAGGGCUGCUGCAAAAGAUCGACAUGGACGGAAAGAUGAAGAAGAUGGCCGAGCUGCAGCUGACUGUGGUCAACAACCCAAAGAACCGCAAAGCUAUUGAGAACCAGAUCCAGCAGUGGGAGCAGAAUCUUGAGCGGUUCAACAUGGAUCUCUUCAGGAUGCGCUGUUACCUUGCCAGCCUUCAGGGUGGGGAGCUGCCCAACCCAAAGAGCCUGCUAGCCAUCGCCAGCCGCCCUACCAAAACCACCCUGGGGCGCCUGGGGAUCUUCUCGGUCUCUUCCUUCCACGCACUGAUCUGUUCCCGAGAUGAGGCCACUCUGAGGAGGCGCUCCCUGUCCCUGACUUACAGACAGCACAAGAGAGGUCUCUUCUCUUCGCUCAAAGGUCUCGACAACCUCACGAAGAGAGGCCGGGACAAGAGGCCCUCUGCAUCACAGAUCUUUGAGGGCGACGCUGGAGGUCAAACUUACACACUGCCUCCCAGGAGCACCGAGAGGCUGGAUGUGCUGACCAGCAUUUACUCCAUGUCGCCCCCUGAGGUUGGUGCGUGGGACAGCAUCAGCGGUGCCACAGACGAGCUGACUGGCGUCUACAUGCCAGACGGCCUGACAGUGCAGGUUUCCGUCAGGAGAGACCAGACGGCCGCCGACCUGCUCUCUGCGGCCUGCAAGGUGAAACAGCUGGACCCGGCUCUGCACUGCCUCCGACUGCACCGGCGAGCGGGGCAGGACGCGGAGGUUCGAUGUGUGGCAUCCGGAGAGCUCGUCAGCGACAUGGUCAAUGAUCAGCUGGAGGUUUUCCCAGUUAAUGUGUUUACACUGCACAUGAGCAGGCCGAGCAGCACCGGAGACUUUGGUUUCGCAGUAACAGGACACAUAGACGCCCAAAAGAACAGUCGCAUCUUUGUCAGCGAGGUGCUUCCUGAUGGACUGGCCUUCAACGAAGGUUUGCGUCCAGGCGACGAGAUCUUGAUGCUGAACCGUCGGUGUGUGUCGGGUCUGGACCUGGCGUUGAUCCAGACGCUGUUUGCGGAACAAACUCUGCACCUGAGCCUGAGGCGGAAUGGGCCGCUGCCGCCAACUGUGGCCUGCACACAUCCAGCCCCUCCCACCAAAAUCGACCAGGAAGUCCGCGGCAAGCACCACCGAGCCAAGUCCUCCUCAGAUGUGUGCACUGCAGCUGACGGUGUUGCAUCCCUGUGUGUAGGACUGGAGAAUGGUCACUCCCACUGCGCACACAGGCCUGUUCAGCACAGCAAGAGCGUGGACACAGUGUGCACUCUCUACCAGUCCUUUCAGGAAGGCUCAGGUGCUGGAGGACUGAUGGAGGACGCCAAGGAGCCUCGGGUUAGGCAGGGAGGCGAGCUGGGGUCGGGUCCCGCGGGGGAGGCCACCCUGCUCAGACCUUGCCCCAGGCACAUGAGCGCCACUGAGAGGUUACGAAAGGUCAUCCAGGAGCUGGUGGACACAGAGAAGUCCUACGUGAAGGACCUGGCCUGUUUGUUUGAGAUCUACUUGAAACCCCUGCACAACAAGAGCUUCCUCACACUGGACGAGAUGGACAGUCUGUUCGGCAGCCUGCCCGAGAUGUUGGACUUCCAGAGGGUCUUCCUGCAGACGCUGGAGGAGCGGAUCGCCUCCUCGCCCGACUUCAGUACCCUGGAGACCCCCUCACAGUUUAAGAAGCUGCUGUUUUCUCUCGGGGGUUCGUUCCUCUACUACGCCGACCACUUCAAGCUCUACAGCGGCUUCUGUGCCAACCACAUCAAGGUCCAGAAGGUCCUGGAGAGAGCUAAGACAGAUCAGGCCUUCAAGGAAUUCCUGGAUGCGAGGAACCCCACCAAGCAGCACUCAUCCACCCUGGAGUCCUACCUGAUUAAACCGGUGCAGAGGGUGCUCAAGUACCCCCUGCUGCUCAGGGAGCUGGUCUCUCUCACUGACGUUGACAGCGAGGAGCACUACCACCUCAACGAGGCCCUGAAAGCCAUGGAGAAGGUGGCCAGCCACAUCAACGAGAUGCAGAAGAUCUACGAGGAUUACGGCUCCGUGUUUGAUCAGCUCGUUGCUGAGCACACCGGCCACGAUAAGGAGGUCACCGAGAUCUCGAUGGGCGAGUUUCUCAUGCAUUCCUCGGUGGUGUGGCUCAACCCGCAUCCGUCGCUGGGUCGCAUGAGAAAAGACCCCGAAAUGACCGUGUUUGUGUUCAAGAAAGCGGUGAUAUUGGUCUACAGGGAAAACAACAAGCUGAAAAAGAAGAUGGCCAACCCUCGUUCAGCACUUUCUCACGGAGAUUCCGACCCUUUUAAGUUCCGCUGGCUCAUCCCGCUCUCGGCGCUGCAAGUCAGAUUGGGAAAUACUGCAGGAACAGGCACAGAGAGCAGCUGCAUCUGGGAGCUGGUUCACUCCAGGUCUGAAGUGAAGGGCCGACCGGAGACCGUGUUCCAGCUGUGCAGCAGCGUGCUGGAGAGCAAGGUCAGCAUCAUCAAGGUGAUCCGCUCCAUCCUCAGGGAGAACGUGAGGAGGACCAUGAAGAGCGACGGGACGCUGGAGAGGAGCUGCAAGGAGCGUCUGGCCCCUCUGCGUGGCACCCUGCCCUCCUCCGCCAGGCUUGGUUCCUCCAGAGCUUCCUGGUUGUGUAAGCAGCCACUUGGAGAUCUCUCCACCCAUCCAGGACACUUGAAGCUGGGGCCAGACUCAGACGAGGGAAGCCUCAGCAGCGGAACCUGCAGUUUAUCCGGAGCUCCUCCCCCCCGCACCACCUCUGACUCACAUGUCCUCCCCGCCCAGCAGAACUGUUCUCAGACACUUGCAUCCAAAUCCCAAGCCCGCUCCGCCUCCGUCAAAGAGUCGGAUAUUUUGAGUGACGAGGAUGACGACGGCUUUAGCGAGGGGGCAACGAGGAUAGACAGCGGAGACAGCAGCUCCCCAAUGAGCACCAUCGAGGCCCAGUUCCUGCAGCUUGACCUCUCGGAGGACGCAAUGUCAAACUGUGCGCUGGCGCCCUGUGUUCAACCCGAGGGCAUCGGGGACACUCCGGAGACCCAACCCAAACUGAUGCGAGGACACUUCAGUGCCGUAAAGAGGAAACCCAACAGUUUCAGGAGGAGUCCUGCUGCACUGCUGAACAUGAAGGAGCACAGCAGGUCACUGGACGACCACACGGACGCAGCGUCAUCGCCAGGGAUGGUGGACCUCAACGCGCUGCUGGAGCGAGAGUUCAGCGUCCAGAGCCUGACGUCUGUCGUCAAUGAAGACUGUUUCUAUGACCCGGCUGAGAGCUGUGCCACUGACUCUGGAAAUGCCAUCUCCCCAUAGAGAGCGGCACUUACGAGACUAUGCUGUUCCCACGCCACAGGUUCGUGGUCGUUCGGUCCGAGUGGCUGACUCAAGGCCGUACACUGCAGUAGGGGAACCUCCUGUAAUUCAUCGCUUGCUCUAUAAGGCUGGAUGUGAAGCUGUGCCUCAGUUCAGAAGUCGGUUUAUAACAGACUCACACUGCCUGGAAGCUGCCACAGAGAGGUGAAACUAGGUGAUUUCUGUCCCAAUGAUGAUGACCGCAAGCACUGAUGCGUACCCACGGCCUCCUCGGCUCUCUGGUCUUCGCUGCCUCACCUCAAGCCGUCUGUGGGAUGCGCCCCUUCCAAGUUUGCCCCGCAGCUCAUGCCGAAGAAUCUGGGAAAACGUCCUUGGUCCCUCAGUCCCAAAAGCUGAAAGACGGGUCCACAAAAGUGCAGAUAUCUCUUCAGGAUCACGUCGGCUCUCUGGGACAGUUCUGGCACAUUCAGGAUUGAUGAAGUAUUUAGUUUUCACAGAACCAAAGACUGUAGGUCCACACUAACUCCAAAUAAUAUCUGUAAAAAAAUCCAAACGAAUGGAGACACUGAGCCACAGAGCUCGAGUCCCAGAUAAGGAGGGACAUUGACUUAAAUGAAGAGGAAGACAAAGCCUUUUUUUGCGGUAUUUUGUGCACUAAAGUACACUGUUUGCCUAUAUAAUUGAACUAUUUUUUAUUUGUACAGGUUUUUAAUGUUAUGACUGCUGUUAUUUUUAUUUAUUAAUAGGUUUGAUUAUGUAUAUCUUAGCAGGUUUUGGGUGAAGGCUUGAACAGUAAAGAUUUGGUCGACUCUUAUAAAUAAAAACAGUUUGGCGUUUAUACACUUCAUUUUAAAUGUAGCCUGCUGGAGAAUGUAAUUUCCAGUGAAUGCAUUUGAAUGUACGGACGCUUUGAGACAUGGCUGCUUCAUUGAUGAAUGAUUUGAACCGCAAAUAAUGUGUAAAACCCAACGUUUCUUUUUCAUGUUCAUGUCCUGUGUAUAUAUAUCAUCUUUUCUAUCCUCGACACAUUGACGUAUUCUCUCAUCCAAACUUGACACUGUACAGACGGGAAGUAAAGGCAGGAAUUUGCAAUAAAAGCAGCUGAUAUUGUUUGUAAGUCAUUGUUUGCCGUGGCAGAGUUCAGGUUGAGGUGCUACGCAAAAAGGCAAACCACUAAAACAACAACGCUCCUUACUUUCUCAGCUGCCAUGCCUUUAAUGCUAGGAUACCAAUGAAUGUGAAUGCCCCCCCUCGAUUCCGUUAUUUUAUGGAAUUGUUUUUUUAAAUAAAAGUUUUAUCUGUGAA